UCACGCACCCAAACGUCCAAACACCAAACAAUCGCCAAAAAAUUCGGAAAAUCAUCAUCCAGCACCGUCAGCGGCGAAACUGGUCCUGUAGAUUUGCGUAGGAAAUUCAUAAUUCCGCUUGUUUUCCGGUGUUGUAAAGCAAACCCUUCGUCAUGUCGGCCAGAUACGAUCGUGCAGUAACGGUUUUCUCCCCGGAUGGUCACCUGUUGCAAGUGGAAUACGCUCAAGAAGCCGUUCGCAAGGGAUCCACUGCGGUCGGAGUCCGUGGAAAGGAUGUGGUCGUUCUUGGAGUUGAAAAGAAAUCCGUGGCUAAGCUACAGGAAGAACGAACGGUGAGGAAAAUCUGCUUGCUGGACCACCAUGUAGUGAUGGCUUUUGCCGGACUCACUGCCGACGCUCGUAUUCUGAUCAACCGGGCCCAAGUGGAAUGUCAGAGUCACAAACUGAACGUCGAAGAUCCGGUUACGCUGGAGUACAUCACCCGGUUCAUUGCCGGGCUGAAGCAGAAGUACACCCAGAGCAAUGGGCGCCGACCUUUUGGAAUAUCCUGUCUAAUCGGAGGGUUCGAUUACGACGGUCAACCCCAUCUGUAUCAGACGGAACCGUCCGGAAUCUACUACGAGUGGAAAGCGAACGCUACGGGGCGAGCGGCGAAAACCGUCCGGGAGUUCCUGGAGAAGUACUACACGCCGGAACAGGUGGAAUCCGAGGACGGCGCUAUUAAGCUGGCUAUUAAAGCGUUACUGGAGGUGGUUCAGUCCGGGCAGAAGAACUUGGAAGUGGCAGUGAUGAAACGAAAUCAACCGAUGCAGAUGCUCGACGCGGAAACCAUCGAAAAGUAUGUGGCGAUCAUCGAGAAGGAGAAGGAAGAGGAAGCGGAGAAGAAAAAGCAGAAGAAGUAAAAGGUGCGAGGAUGUGGGUAAGGAUUAUGAUACUUUUCUUUCAUUUGCGGUACGAUUAAUGAUAACCAUUAUAUUGGAAUAAAUAAUUAUCUGUUUCGGUUACAGAACUGCAAGGAUCACA